AUGCCCCCGGCGGCACCAGACGACCUCAUCCGUCAGCACAGUCGGCCCUUGGAAGAGAAUCCGCCUUCGUUAGGUUCCGGGCAAACCCCCAUCAUUCCAGAGCAUGAAUCCAGUGGGGGGAAGAGCAAAAAGAAGAAGAGUGGUAAAAAGGCCAAGGGGGCCAAGGCAACGACCGAAACUCCGGAGGACCUGUAUGACCUCAACGAACAGUGGCAUGCGCAUCCCACCGGCAAUCAUUUCAGCGGAGCCCUCCUCCUGUCCAGAUCCCCCCUGGACCAUCAUGUCCAGCCCACCGUGACUUCGCCCGUCCUCGAUGCGCUGCAGUCCAUCGGCGGCUCGGCCGACCACGAUCUCACGGCGCGUACCGACACCUGGGCCCAGAAUGUGCCAUAUGGCAAGAGCCCGCCCACGGAUUUGAUCGAUGAUCUUCCCAGCGAGUCUCCCCUCAACUUCCCAGCUAUUCCGGAACGUGGUGGCUUCAGUCAGCCAUCAUCGGCCUCGCCGCCGACUCGCAUUCGGCCAUUCAGUUACGGCAGCGGGUAUCGGAGCAGCAUGCAGUCGCGGCAGCAGUCCGUCGAUCCUCGGAAGAGUCAUUCGUAUGGAAGCCCGAUGAGCAAUUUGGCCCCUCCCCCGCAUCUCCCCCAGGCACACUUCUAUGGCGCGCCAGAUAUCGAUCUGCCCGGCCAGAGCCGUUCGGCGACACAAGGGGCAUCCUCCUUCUGUGGCUUUGAUACUCUGCCUGGCUUGUCCACCAAGACUCCUCGGGCGGGCAUGAAUGUGGUGGUGGUAGGCUCUGAUGGUGCCGUGGAUAUUCUGGCGCUGGAAGACCGCCGCACUCGCUUGGUGGGCCAGGUCACUGGUCUCAACGGUCGUGUGUUGGAGGCAAAAAUCCUGCCUGGUCCUUCAUCGAAUGAUCCGCUGGCGUCUUCCCAGCCUCACAUUGCCGUCAUUCUCCAUGGACCUCAGCCACCCAAUGACGAUGAAGGUCAGGUCUCUGCGACGGCGUCGGAAGCCAACGAGGUUCCCCCUCGAUGGUGCGGGGUCAUUCAGGUGUACGCGCUUCGGAGUGGUGACCUGAUUGCAACCUUGUUUGCCAGCAAACCGGUCCCUGCGUUGGAGAACAUUCCAGGCCUCCCGUCUUUGGCCCCUGCACCCGUUGGCAGCCUCAAGCUUUACAACACAGGGAUUCACGUAAUUGUCGCCUCGGGCAUCAGUGGGGAGGUUUAUGUAUUCAGACAGAUUGUGUCAGGUGCAUACCAAUGCCUGGGCAAGACCUGGACCAACGUGCAACCCGGUGAAGUCCGGCGGUACUCCACGUCGUCAAGUUCCACCGAUCCAGAUGGUUCUCGUCAUGAAUCUCCCCGAGUUACGCUCUCGGAACGCCCGAUUUUGUCUGUGCAGGGUCGGUGGUUGGCGAUCAUGCCGCCCUCCUCCUCGGUCCACGGGUCAAUUCAUGGCGCUGUCCCGGUGGGGUUGGUUCAUAGCAGGGCCCACGGAAUGGAAACUCGCAGUCCUUCGACGGUCCCGUCGGUGAAUUGUGCCACCGAUGUGGGUGAGGGAGAGAGCUUUUUCAACAAGUUCGCCCGAGGUGUCACUCAAGAGCUAGUUAAAGGUGCGCGGUUUUUGGGCGAUCAGGGACUCCAGGCAUGGAACAAUUACUGGAACAACCAACCCCCAUCUCCUGGCACACAUCCAAGGCCCAUUCGGGGUCCGGACUCUCCAACACAGGGAUAUGCGACGGUCUUUCCCCCGACUCACGCUCAAGAAACCCAGACCUCGGCUCCUGAGCCAGAUGCGAUUUCAAUCAUCGACCUGAAGCGGUUCGAAGAUGGAAUGGAUUCGAGAGCAGCAUCUCUCAAUCCAGUGGCCACUUUUCAAGUCCCCAACGGCUGUAGCUUCCUCUCUCUUUCUCCGAACGGCUUAAUGCUUUUCACUGCCAGCAAGAAAGGCGAUGUUCAAUAUGUCUGGGACCUCAUGCAAUUGAGGCAUUGUCGUGCGAUGGCUUUCAUCUCUGAUGAUUAUGGCGGCCAAACCCCCAAUGUCCGGCAAGUAGCACGAUAUACGCGGUUGACCACCUCUAGCAUUAUUGAUGUAAUCUGGACAGCACUCGUUGGGGAUCGAUUGGCAGUGAUUACCCGAAAGGGAACUAUUCAUGCUUUUGACUUACCUCGGAGUGCUUUCCAAUGGCCUCCGUUCCGCCGAGCCCGUCCGGCUCCAAAACGAUCGUCUGCUGUUGAUCUGGCGAGCGACGAGUUGUCUAGACAGGCUACCCAGGGAAAUCCGCUAUCAGCAGCGAUGAACUUUGUCGGGGGAAAGACUCAACCGUUUAUCUCUGCUGUCCGAGGUCGCGUUCCUUCGUCUGGGGCUGCGUUCCCAAAUAUGAGUGGGUUCGGGAUUUCGACUGCAGCCGGUAUCAAAGGUAGCAAGGUUGUUGCUGCCGGGCUAAGCAAAUCGAUGGGAGCGGCCGCAUCGGGGACGGUCGAAAGCCUUCGACAUGUUGGAGAGAAUCGACUGCAUCUGCCAGGCCUGGCUCGGGAUCCAGCACCCAAUCAUGUGGUAUGGAUUCACAAUAAAGGCCAUAUCUUUCUUGGCAUAGUCGACGAGGGACAGUUCAAGCUGUACCGCCUGAAGCGCAGCACCUCCACUCAUAAAAGCCGCCAAUCUCAUUCGGUGAUCGGCGCCAAAGAGAUCCAGUUCAAGCUGCCUUCCAAUAUGCAAAACACCUGUGGACCGGCCCCUCUCCUGGCGUAUGACCCAGAAAAGGUUGUCCAGGCUUCUCUUGUCUUGCCUUCUACGAGUUCGCAACCAUCGUAUCCGAACAAGUUCUUCCACCAGCCACUCUCUCAGGCCGAAAUCGAGACCAACACGCCCUAUCAGCCCUUUCACACGGACCAGAGAGUCGGUCUGCAUGUUUACCCAGCUGAUAACACCGCCGGGGAUAUUCCGAGUGGCCAGUGGCUCUUUGGGGAGGAUAUCCCGACGACCAAGGUGCAUGUGAGAUCGUACAACAACAGUGGCGACGACCGGGAGGGUGACGAGGACGAAGAUGCUGCCAUUCAUGCCCACUCGUUCGGAGCUGGUGGGGACAUGGAAAAUCUCAUUACUCUGGGAAACAGCACUGGCAACGUUGAAGAAGUCGUCAUAACAACCCGGCGGAAGAAGAAGCACUCUGCGACGCCGCUGAAGGCUGAGGACGGCUUCUUCGAGGACGAUUGUGAGGUUCUGGACUUUGCGCGCGACCGAGUCUGA